AUGGGUGAUUUUUACCUCAGAAAACGCAAUUUUCCCUCACGCAGCGUCCGCUCGCCUCAGGGACUGCGGGGAGAGGGCGGGGCCGAGGCGGAAGGGCGGGCUCUGAUUGGUGGAGGCGGCGGGAGGGGGCGUGGCCGCGGCCAAGGGCGGGAAAAGCGCUGCGGGAGAAGCCGGGACGAAGCCGCCAUUUUGUCCGCGGCGCCUCAGGGGGAGGCGGCGGCGGCUCCGGGCUCGGCCGCCAUGGGGCGGGCGCAGGAGGUGCAGGCGGAGAACGUGACGGUGCUGGAGGGUGGCACUGCCGAGAUCACCUGUCACCUGCACAGGUACGACGGCUCCAUCGUCGUCAUCCAGAACCCCGCCCGGCAGACGCUGUUCUUCAACGGCACCCGCGCGCUGAAGGACGAGCGUUUCGAGCUGGCCGAGUUCAGCCGGCGGCGGCUGCGGCUGCGCCUGGCCCGGGCACGGCUGGACGACGAGGGCGGCUACUUCUGCCAGCUGUACGCCGACGACACCCACCACCAGAUAGCCACGCUGACCGUGCUGGUGCCACCUGAGGACCCGGUGGUGGAGGCGGCGGCUCUGGCCGUGGAGGGGGCGGAGCUGGAGCUCACCUGCCUGGUGCCCCGGGCCCGGCCACCUGCCACCCUGCGCUGGUACCGCGACCGGAGAGAGCUGCCAGGCCGCAGCAGCGGGGGGCAGGACGGGAAGGUGUUCUGGCAGCGCAGCGUCCUCGUCCUGCGCGUCGAGCGGCGCGACCACGGCGCCAUCGUCACCUGCGAGGCCACCCACCCCGCCCUGGGCAGGGGACAGCGGCGGGUGACACAGUACCAGCUGGACGUGCAGUACCCCCCCUCGGCGCGCAUCGUCCCGUCGCAGAGCGUUCUCCGCGAGGGCGACACGCUGGUGCUCACCUGCGCCGUGGGCGGCAACCCCCGCCCCUCGGAGGUGGCCUGGAGCCGCGGGAACGAGUCGCUGCCGGCGCGGGCCAGGGCCGAGGGCGAGCGGCUGACGCUGCCGGCGCUGGCGCCGCAGGACAACGGCACCUACACCUGCCAGGUGGGCAACGCCCACGGGAGAGCGACUGACACCUACGUGCUGGUGGUGUACGACCCCGGGGCGGUGGUGGCGGCGCAGGGGGCGGGGCCGUUCGCCGUGGUGGGCGGGGCCCUGGCGCUGUUGGUGUUUCUGCUGCUGCUGCUGCUGGGGGCGCUGCUCUGGUGCUCGGUCCGGCAGAAAGGCUCGUACCUGACGCACGAGGCCAGCGGGCUGGAGGAGCACGGGGAGGCGCGGGAGGCGUUCCUGGGCGGGGACAGCGGGAAACGCAAGGAGGAGUUCUUCAUCUGA